AUGUGGUCCCCUGCAUCUCCUGCCUUCCAUAAGAUACUCUUCAUUUUCGACAUCCCCGUCUUUCCAUCCCUCUCCAUCCUCCUACCGCUCGGCAGACAGUACUUGGAUGAUCCUGUGUUCCCCGUGGCGGUCAGCGUUAGCGGCAGCAUCGGCAGCGUCCUCGACCGUGAUAUCGGGCUCUUCUGCUCGACUGUGCCUACCUUGUCCCUCCGAUCACUAGCUGCGGCACGGCACUGCACACUCACAUCACAUCACAUCGAGUCCAUCCGCACCACCAGCCGUCCCUCAUUCGUCCAAAACCGUUCAUCCCGGGACGUCUGGCAGCACACUUGA